CCCGCUUUCGUUACUCUCACAGAGAUACUCCAUUCUCAUUGUCAUUGUCACCCACACAGUCCAUUCAAUAGUACGUACGUAGCCAGCCCCCAUGGACUUUUCGUCGAUUCCUCGUGCCUUGGAAUCUCUCCAACGCCGUCAGCCUCCGCUCGACGAGGAGACGGUGUUGCGUCCCACACGAGCCCUCGUAGCGAACCCGUCCGCGGACGUCUUUUUAUCCUCCAUUACGUCACUCGUCUCGUCUACAUCGUCUCGUUGGGAACCACUCGCGGUGGGUCUUUACGUGGCGACGGAAGCCCUCACGCAGCACGGAAAAGCCCUCGCCGCGUCGUCGUCGUCGUCGUCAACCCCCGACGCGGCACCGUCCGUGUAUCUGGAAGGUCCACGGGUCCCAUCCACCCGCGACGAAGGAACACCUCUGGAAUCGGUCGUACCCGUCCUCGACACAAACCAGGCUUUGGUCCUUUGUCAGACCCUUCACGACGUCGCUUUGCGACAUUUGGAACACGACGAGCCCCGGGUCCGUACUCUCGUCGCCAAGGCCGUGGGAGCCUACGCCAAACUUACCGUCGAACUCGAUGAUGCACUCCCGCACAAUCGUCAAGCUCUCCACGAUCGACUCGUGCAAUCCAUUCGAACACAUAUUCAACAAGGUAGAGACGAACAACCUGAUCCACAAAACGAUCCACACACCAACACUCCCGACGAUGGGGACGAUGAUGGGGACCGAUCCCCAAAGUACAGUAAAUCCUCCACGGGAGCUCUGGACGACACCACGGGAUGGCGUGCCUUGGAAACCAAUUGGCAGUGUCUCGCUUCCUUGAUUCGGGCACUCGGUCCGGCUUACGUCGUACACUUUGGGGUCCCCCAAACCGUUCUGGACGAUUGUCAGUACAGUUGUAUCGAGCACGUCAAUCGCCACGUCCGGGCGGCCGGGAUUUCCGUGCUGGAACAGUGGCUUUACGCGGCAGCAGCCGGAAGCCCUGUGCAACAGGCCCUCUUGACGGAGUCCGACGGAGUUCUGCGCAAAACCUGCCGGGUUGUACUCAAACACGGGCUCGCCGACAAUUGGUCACAAGUCCGGAUGGCCGCCAGUGUCCUCUGUCGCGUUUUGUUCACCACCCUACAGGCUCUACAGGCACCAGCGGACGAUUUGUAUCCCGUACUCCUACCCCGCAUGUGUUUGAAUCGAUUCUAUCUCGCGCAAGGGGUCAAGCUCUACAGUCACGAAACGUGGAAACUCGUCUUUGUCGAUUCCGGCGUGUCCCUGGUGGCCGCUAACUUGCCCGCCGUUUGCCGUUACUACGUUCAAAUGUGCGACGCCGAUAAUCACGUCGUCCGGGAAGCCGCUUGCCAGGCCGUCGCCGAACUGGCCAUCCGCCUCGGGUCGGAUCCGAACCAUCACGACGAGCUCCUGCCACACAUGGACCUACUGCUGCAGGCCUUGCUUAUGUGUUUCCACGACGAGUCCUGGCCCGUGCGUGACGAAGCCUGUUUGGCGUGCGGCCUCCUCUGCAAAGCGUAUCCCGAGUCCUGUCGUCCCGAACUCGGUAAACUUUGGGAACGCUGGACGGGACAGCUCACGGACCAGAUUUGGUCCGUCCGCGAAGACGCCGCGGUAGCCUUGGGCGACGCCCUCGAAGCCUAUGGUGCCGACUUCCUACAGGAACUCCUAGCCCUCGUUGACAAGCUUCUUCCGUCGGCUCGCAGCCAAUCCGCCAUGACGCCGACCGAAUACAAGGCCCGCCAAAACGACGCCGCUGCUCACACCGACUCGCAAUUGUACAGUUGCGGGAGUUUGGCGCCGAAGCUGCGCAAGGGCGGUGCCGGCCGCAUCGGGUGUUCCUCGUGCGACGUUAAUCGCGAAAAAUCGCCCUGGGAAGCGACAGACGGCUGCGUCUACCUGAUUCGCGAACUCGUGGUGCGGUGUGCCUCGCCGGAGAGUCCGACACCCCUUGCGGACGAAAUCCUGCUUCCCAUGCUCCGGGAACUAGCUGACGUGUGUCGGGUACAGCACUUUCCGCAAUCGGACGAUUUGCGCACCACGUUGUGGAGAAAUCUUCCUGGAAUGGCGGAAGCGCUCGGCAAACAGCGUUUCAAGCGGUUGUACCUGGACGUCUUCCAGAAUUUGUUGUUCUCGAGUUUGGAUGCGCGGUCGUCCUCGCAAUUGUCACAGCACGCGGCGGGACAGUGUGCGGAAGAACUGGCCGACCUGGUAGGCCGGACUAUUUUCCGGGCACGUUUGGAAGAUGACCAGCGGGAUACUUUGGAUCGCGUUUUGCGCGAACGCGCUGCCAUACCGGCGGGGCCGGCAGACGGGGCCGUCUUUUCGCCCUUUGGACCGCCCGGAUUGCUCGAUCACAUUCACAAGGGUACGGUGCAUCCGGGUGUGGCGGGGAUGACGCGAGGAACGGCGCCGUGA